AGCUUUACAGCAUUGCUUUGAGCUCUGCUAUUGUAAUUGUGUGUAGUCUGGAUACGCCUUAGAAACAAAUGGUUACACUACAAUUAUAAGAGACUCUUUAUAGUGUGGAAGGCUUGGAGUUGCACACAAGACAUGGGAUUUGUCCUGUUCUGGGUUUACCUUGUGAACAAGGUACCUCUCUGUGGUUCAUGUUAUGAGCUACAAGCUUCCCUUUUGCUCUGCUAAGAUCUUUCAGACUUUUGUUCCCCUGCGAGUUAAGGGCUGGAUCGACUCCUGAGUUGAAGAGGUUUCUCUGUAUCUCCUUUCAACAUGUCAGAUUCCAAUUUCUGGACUGUGCUGUCUAAUUUUACAUUACCUCACUUAAGAAAUAGGAACAGGCUUCGCCGAACACAAAGUUGUAGGACAAGCAACAGGAAGAGUCUAAUUGGCAACACUCAGUCCCCUGCCCUUCCUCGGCCUCACUCCCCGCUCUCUGCGCACACAGGAAGCAGCCCCCAAGACAGCCCAAGGAAUUUCUCUCCCAGUGCAUCAGCUCAUUUUUCAUUUGCAAGAAGGACUGAUGGACGCCGCUGGUCUUUGGCAUCGCUGCCUUCGUCAGGAUAUGGAACAAACACACCCAGCUCCACAGUGUCUUCAUCCUGUUCUUCCCAAGAGAAGUUACACCAGUUACCAUAUCAGCCCACACCUGAUGAACUGCAUUUUUUGUCCAAACAUUUCUGCACUGAAAGCAUUGCCAGCGAUGACAGAUGCAGGACCACUCAAAUGCGCCCUCGAUCCAGAAGUCUCAGCCCUGGACGUACGUCUGCAUGCUGUGACCAUGAAAUAAUUAUGAUGAACCAUGUAUAUAAAGAACGAUUCCCCAAGGCUACAGCUCAGAUGGAAGAACGACUUCAGGAUAUUAUCACCAACUAUUCACCUGACAGUGUGCUCCCCCUGGCAGAUGGAGUUCUUAGUUUCACCCACCAUCAGAUCUUUGAGCUGGCACGAGAUUGCUUGGAUAAAUCCCACCAGGGCCUCAUAACAUCACGAUAUUUUCUUGAGUUACAACAGAAAUUAGAAAAGUUACAGCAAGAGGCUCAUGACCGGUCAGAAGGAGGAGAGUUGGCAUUUAUUAAACAACUAGCCCAUAAAAUCCUUAUUGUGAUUGCACGGCCAGCUCGAUUACUGGAAUGUCUGGAGUUUGAUCCUGAAGAAUUUUAUUACCUUUUGGAAGCAGCAGAAGGUCAUGCCAAAGAGGGACAAGGCAUUAAAACCGAUAUCCCUCGGUAUAUUAUCAGUCAACUCGGUUUAAACAAGGAUCCUCUUGAAGAAAUGGCCUUGCUGGCUAACUAUGACAGUGGAACAGCAGAGACUCCAGAAACAGAUGAGUCCAUCAGUAGCUCAAACACUUCAUUGAAACUAAGAAGAAAACCCUGUGAAAGUGAUUUUGAAACAAUUAAACUUAUCAGCAAUGGAGCUUAUGGUGCUGUUUACUUUGUUCGUCACAAAGAAACACGUCAGAGAUUUGCCAUGAAAAAGAUAAACAAGCAGAACUUAAUCCUCCGAAACCAGAUACAGCAAGCAUUUGUUGAGCGAGAUAUUCUAACGUUUGCAGAAAAUCCAUUUGUGGUCAGCAUGUAUUGUUCCUUUGAGACAAGACGACACUUAUGCAUGGUCAUGGAAUAUGUGGAAGGAGGAGACUGUGCAACAUUGCUGAAGAAUAUGGGACCCUUACCUGUGGAUAUGGCACAGAUGUAUUUCGCUGAAACGGUUUUAGCAUUAGAAUACCUCCAUAAUUAUGGAAUAGUGCACAGAGAUUUGAAGCCUGACAACUUAUUAGUAACAUCCAUGGGUCACAUAAAGCUUACAGAUUUUGGACUUUCAAAAGUGGGUCUUAUGAGCUUAACCACCAAUCUUUAUGAGGGACACAUUGAAAAAGAUGCCAGAGAAUUCCUUGACAAACAGGUCUGUGGAACACCUGAGUACAUAGCACCAGAAGUUAUCUUGAGACAAGGUUAUGGGAAACCCGUUGACUGGUGGGCCAUGGGAAUUAUCCUUUUUGAAUUUCUGGUUGGUUGUGUUCCAUUCUUUGGGGAUACGCCAGAGGAACUCUUUGGUCAGGUUAUAAGUGAGGAAAUAAAUUGGCCCGAAAAAGAGGAUGCCCCCCCUGAUGAUGCCCAGGAUCUUAUUACUUUACUACUCAGGCAAAAUCCUAUGGAGAGAUUGGGGACAGGUGGUGCAUAUGAAGUAAAGCAGCAUCCAUUUUUUUGUACCUUAGACUGGAAUAGUUUACUGAGACAAAAAGCAGAAUUUAUUCCACAACUUGAAUCAGAGGAUGACACUAGCUACUUUGACACUCGUUCUGAAAAGUAUCACCACAUGGAAACUGAAGAGGAGGAUGAUACAAACGAUGAAGAUUUCAGCAUGGAAAUUCGACAGUUUUCCUCCUCAUCACAUCGAUUUUCAAAAGUUUUCAGUAGCAUUGACCAGCUAAUGCAAAGCAAAGCCGAAGAAAAGGAAACUUCUACAACAGAAAAAUCCAAAAAUUUACCACCGGUGGAAUCCUUAAGUUGGAGUUCAGAAUAUUCUGAAAUGCAACAACUGUCUUUAUCAACCUCUUCUGAUACUGAAGGUAAUAAGCAGCAGCUUCAUACCAGCCUGCUUCCAAAAUUUGCCAUCUCUUCAGAUGUAGAACGGAAUGAAAAUUGUGCUGGAGAACUCCAGGUUGACUCUGAGAAUGUUGCAAUUGCACAGGAGGACUCUCAACAAGACGAUCAUGAGGAUACUACCCCUGUCAGCAUUAGCAGCUCCACUGUCUCGGUGAGUAGUUUUUCAGAGCACUUAGAUCAGAUAAAUGGAAGAAGCGAGUGUGUGGACAGUGCAGAUAAUUCCUCAAAGCCCUCCAAUGAAUCGACUUCCCAUAUGGCAAGGCAGCAAUUAGAGAACACAGAGAAACAGAACAUUUAUGGAAAAGUCACUAAGUCCGUCUCUGCCAGUGCUCUCUCUCUCGUGAUCCCUGGAGAUGUGUAUAGCAUAUCACCACUAGGGAGCCCUAUAUCUCCGCUCUCCAUGUCAUCAGAUCCUUCUUCAAGAGAUUCCUCGCCCAGCCGUGAUUCGUCAGUCUCCUCUUUCAUCCCUAGACAACCGAUUGUCAUUCAAAGUUCAGGAAAAAAGUUUGGUUUCACACUACAGGCAAUCAGAGUAUUUGUGGGUGACAGUGACGUCUACACAGUUCAUCACAUUGUCUGGAGUGUUGAAGAGGGAAGCCCAGCUUAUCAGGCUGGCCUUAAAGCUGGGGAUCUGAUCACCCACAUAAAUGGAGAACCAGUUCAUGGACUUGUUCACACUGAAGUUAUAGAGUUGCUCCUCAAGAGCGGGAGCAGGGUAGCAAUCAGCACAACUUCCUUUGAGAACACAUCCAUCAAAACUGGCCCUGCAAGAAGAAAUAGCUAUAAGAGCCGUAUGGUAAGGCGUAGCAAGAAAACCAAAAAGAAGGAGAACAUGGAACGGAGGAGGUCAUUUUUGAAAAAGCUGGUAAAGCAACCAUCUCCUCUUCUUCACACCAGCAGAAGCUUUUCCUGCUUAAAUCGAUCUCUCUCAUCUGGAGAAAGUUUACCAGGUUCUCCUACCCACAGUUUGUCUCCAAGAUCUCCUACACCCAGCUGUCGCUCAACUCCAGAUUUCCCCUCUGGAACAAACUCUUCACAAAGUAGUUCACCAAGUUCAAGUGCACCAAAUUCUCCUGCUGGUUCUGGACACAUAAGACCAUGCACACUUCAUGGACUGGGUCCUAAACUUGGUGGGCAAAGAUACAGAUCUGGAAGACGUAAAUCUGCUGGUAGUAUACCACUUUCUCCUCUAGCAAGGACCCCAUCGCCAACACCUCAACCGCCAUCUCCCCAACGAUCUCCGUCACCUUUGCAUGGACUUUCAGUGGGAAAUUCUAAAUCAAAUCCUAACUUUCCUGCAAAAAUGCACUCCCCACCAACAAUUGUAAGACAUGCUGUCAGGCCUAAAAGUGCAGAGCCGCCAAGGUCUCCAUUGUUAAAGCGAGUACAGUCAGAAGAGAAACUGUCACCAUCAUACUGCUGUGAAAAAAAACACUUAUGUCCACGCAAGCAUAAUCUGGAAGUGACUAAAGAGGAAGGUCAUAAGCAACAGUCACAAAGAGACAUAACACUGCAAAGCUUAGAAGAGACAAUAUGUGAUAUGCCUACAUCCACAAAAGUUAGACCUGUGGAGCAGGGCUGCCUGAAACGUCCUGUAUCAAGAAAGUUAGGCAGACAGGAGUCUCUGGAUGAACUAGACAAAGAGAAGCUGAGGGCGAGGAUAGUCAUAAAGCAGAAAGAUAUCUCAGAAAGACAAGAUAUUCUUUUGAAACAAAGCACCACCCAAGAUUUGCACAGUGAAAUGAAUAUUUCUACAACAUUAACAUCAGAGGAAAAUGAUUCUAAAAUACAUGAUAAUCUUAUUAAAAGAUCAAAUGCUGUUGAGGGUAAAAGUUCUACUUAUGAUGGUCGAUCAGGAAACACAUUGCUUAAAGAUGCUCAUUGUAAGAGUAUAAAUGGUCGCUUAGAUGGUGCCAACACUUCUUUAGACCCUCAGAGGUUUAAUCAUGGCCCGCAGCCUGCAGAAAAAGGGCAUAUUUAUGAAUUUAAGAAAAGUACUACUUCAUGUGCAUUGCAAAGUAAACUUCAUAAUUCAUCUGACAGGUCAUUAAUUGCGAAGGAUGAACUUUUGGAUAAAUCGACUCCAAUAAAAGAGUCAGUCAGAUUUGAGGUGGUUGAGGGGAAGCUUCAAAGCAGUGAUUAUUUCAGGAAGAAAAAAUCUUUUGAGGAAAAAGAUGGCAAUUUAUGCCCAACAUUAAAAUCUAAAACUGGACAGAUAUCUCAUGAAUGUAUUCAGACAAAGCCCACAUACUUACAGACUGAUUCUAUUGUAUCCCAAGAGAACAGAUCUUGUUUAGCUAGUUCCCAAAGUAAUUCAUUGUCUUUUGUUUCAUUGAAAGUCUCCAACAGUAGAACUGAAGCUAAUAUUGACAAAGCAGCUGGAGCUCCAACAGAAACAUCUGUACGCAAAAGCCCUACUGAAUACAAAUUGGAAGUAAGAACAGUUUCUUCUUUGAAGCCAAUUGAAGGCACUUUAGAUAUAGCUUUGCUAUCGGGACCAAAAGUUUCAAAAAUAGAGUCUGAUGCCACAUUAUUAGGAACAGAGAAAAGAAUUUACAGCCCUCUGAAAGCAGAAGAAUCAAGCCUACAUUUAUCCAGUGAAGCUGUGCCUAAACCAGAUAUUUUGAAUAUGCUCACAAUUAUAAAACAAAGCUCUGAUUGCCAAAGUGUGCAGGGAUGUUUUGAACCCAAAAGACCUUUAAAAGAUAGGUCAAAUGAACCCCCUCUAUCAAAUUCUACUGAGAUAUGUCAAAACAAGUUUAUCUCGGGUUCAAACACAAAAGAAGCUGUUGUUGAGACUGUAAAUUCUGUCCCAAUUCAAGGAUUAGAUGCAGGUCUUUUGUCAAUUAGAUGUCCAACAACAGAAUUGUCUGGUUAUGUGAAAGCUAAUAGACAGUAUAGGAAUCAGGAUGUGUCAUCUGUCAAGUGCUCACUGGAGCAAAAAUCCAGUAAAUCCCAUGAGAACGCUGCUGCUAUAGAUUUGAUAAAAUCAAGUAAGUCUGAAAAAUACUUUUCUCCUUUAGGCUGUAUUGAAGAAGGAAUUCAACAAACAAUAAAUUCAGACCAAAAUCAAAACAGAAGUGUAAAUAAGUCAAUUGCUGCAAAGGCUAUUGACUCUUCUUUAUCUGAACCGGUACAUUCCAAAAGUAUGUGCUCAAGUAUGCCACCUGAAACAUCCUCAAUGGGCAACAAAUGUACAGGGUUUGAAGAAUCUCCUCUUACUCCAAAAAAUGUCAAAGAUGAAAUACAGAAAAAGGACUCACAAUUUCUAAUCAGUAAAAAGGAGCUAUCAUGUGCAAGCGCACAGCCACAAACUGUUAAGAAAAGCAACUCUGGAUUUCCAAAAGAAGUCAACUCUAAGGGGCAUAUUAAAGAGGAACAGAAUAAUUCAGCUUGUAGACAGUUAGAUUUCAGUAUAACUAAAUCAAAAGUGGACACAAAACCAAGUUCAAUUAAAUCACUUGUUUCUGAUAUUAAAUCCGAAUCCUCACAAAAACAAAGCGCUGUUUUACAGAAAAAGAAAGACAUUGUUAUUCAGAAAAUAGAGAGUUCAGUGAAAGCUCUCAAUCAGACAAACACUGACUCUUGCGCCAACAGUAAGGAAUGUGUACGGACUGAAUGUUCUUUAAGUUCAUCUUCACUGGCUAACACAAGAAAAAAAGAGGCAACUGCUUUUACUACACAUGAACUUUCUACCAAUGGAAAUCCUAUAGCAGCCUCUGAGAAUUCUGUGUGUUCAUCAAGCACUGUUAAUCCUAAGGAAUGUUCUGCAAAAAAUCACUUGAAAGAAAAAAAGAGCGCACAUCAAAAAAUUACUCGAGUGUCUUCUGUGAAAAGUUGUGCACUUGGGAAACAUCCAGUUGAAGGCCUUGGACUGGGAUCUUCUGCUGCUGAACAUUUGCAAGAAACUAAAUGCACUAAAGCACUUUAUGUCAUAAACGACAAAGAACUUAAGUUGAACCCUACUGUAACCAAAAGGGAUACAAGAGAAACGACAGUGGAAAAGCCAAAAUAUGGUAACAGUGACUCUCAAGACUUAAUGGGGAAAAAAUCUGAAAAUAAAAAAUGUUUGUCUGGUGCUGGUAGCAGUGCUACAUGUUUGUCUACAGCUUUUUGUCCUUUGGACACCGAUACCACCUCUGCUGCCAUCUGUAAAGAGAAAGAGCAAACUGCUCAGAAUAAUAAAUCUAAAAAGGAUUGUCAGUUACACUCUAACAAAGCUGGUGCUGAAUUAAAGACAGACAACUCCUCUGUUAAAACUACCACUGAAAAGCAACCAUGCCUUGUUACGAGCAGUGCAACUGCUGGGGCAAAUCGACGGGAUGGGUCUGGAUCUCCUAACAAGAGGGAUAUAAUAAAAGACCUCCCAAAAUCACCAGCAUCAACACUGGAUAGUUCCUGUGCACUUUACUCUGACAAAGACUUUAAAGGGCAGAAGCGUGGAAAGGAUACACCACAAAUCAGUCCUCACAAAAAGACAUAACCAGCACCCUCAUAAUGUUACGUAGUGAGCUGCUAAACUUUAUUUUCAAAAACCAGCACUGUGUGGUGUUUCCAUGACAUCAGGCAUCUGUUCCAUGUUAUGUGAUUUUAAAGUAAACCUAGAGUAAAUGGGCUUGUUUUUUGUUUGUUUUUUGCAACACUGUUUUUGCCAACUGUCAAUGGUAAUCUGUCAAAGAUGGCAGUAAUGGACAAAAAAAUAAAAUAAAUAAAUGCCAGUACAGUUGGAAAGGGAAAGGGCUAUGAGGAGAAAAGGUCUGUGUAAACCUACAGUAUAAUAUUGUACUUUGUGUUGAAUGUAGAGUGUACAGUUUGCUGCUGAAUUUCACUGUUUACUUGUUUUCUAAAAAAAAAAAAAAAUGGCAUUUUCAAUUAAUUAAGUAACAAAUAGAUAAAAUAAAACCAUAUUUUGUAUCAACGGAGUACAGAAAUAUUUUCAAAUGUUAGUACUUUGGACAGAAUUAAAAUCUACAAAGGAGAGGCUUGAUUUUUGUUUUAAAUCUACAUCUUUUUUUUUUUACAAAAUGUAUACGUUUUCAUGCACAUGAUGGAAACAUUGGUGAGUGUAAAACGCGUAGAGAAAUAUGUGUUUUAAUAGCACAGUGAAAAAGUAAAAUGUUCCAUUGGUUAGUUUAGUUAAAGGUGCUGUAAAGUCAAAUUACACUUUCAUUGUUUAGAUAGAGCAUGCAAUUUUGAAUAACUUCCCAAUUUACUUCUAUUUUUUAAUUUGUUUUGUUCUUAUGGUAUCCUUUGUUUAAGAACAUACAUAGGUAGCCUUAGAGUAGCCAUGCACUACUGGCAGCUAGUUGUCAAUUGGUGGUUGCACCAAUUGACAACUAGCUGCAAAUUUUAUAAUAGACGUAAAUUGCAAAGUUAUUUAAAAUGGUAUGCCCUACACAAAUUAUGAUUUUGAGCAUAUGUCCCUUUAAUGAUAUAGGCAAGAAACAGGUGUAUAUGCAAGGAUUACAAUUUUUGUCUGAAACAACAAAACCAGGGGGCACUACAUAGUAUAUAAGUAAAAUGUACCAAUUUUUUCAUAAUCAGUAAUUUAUAGGUUAUAUAUUCACACAUUGAUAGCACCACAGAGUGGGAUUAAUCUCAGACAAGCGCUUGGAGUCUUCUAGCUAACACCCCAAAGUUAAAUGGAUUCCACACAGUGUGUUUAAAAAUAACUUUUUAAUUGUGGAAACGUCCUAAUGUGCAAUCAUAGCACUACUAUUGUGUUAAAAAAAAUAUAAAAACAGCACAGGAAGCUAUAACAACAUAUUUCUCUGCUCUUAUAUUAGCCAUUUCAUUAGGCUGUAUACCUUUUCGUUUUGUUGUUUCAAAUGAUCUGUUAACAAAUGCGCCACCAUUUCAAGUUGAGAAAGAUCUGCCUGGGACUUCUAUGCGAUUGCUUGAAUUUUCCAUUUUUAUGUGAUUUGAGUAUUUUAAGGGUGUAGUGUGCACCCCUUUGCAAAAGGAUUUCACGUGGAUAGACUGAAUAUUGUUAACAAGUAUAUUUAGGUAUAUGUAGGCUACUACCAGUCAGGUGUUUGGUUCCCAUGAUUUAUCUAGUCCUGGCUAAAGAGACCUUUCGUUAUGAAGUACUACACACAAAACUAAUUAAAUAAAUAUAAAAUUAUUAUGUACCAUGAAUAUAGUGGUGUCAACAUUUCUAAAAGCAAUUAUGUAAAAUUUUAUUUUCCCCUGUGUGCAAAGUUUUCAACUGACAUUUUGCAACCCCUGCAGGUGGUCCAAAUAAAUUGAAAGCUGCACUAUAUACUAAAGGGAAGCCUAUAAUGAUUUUCUGUUUUUUGUAAAAUACAUUUUUAAGGUGUGCUUGUGCCUUUAUUUUCAAAUUAGUAAUUGUUUCCCAGACUCAACAUGAAAUAGUCUCACAUUCAUUGUCAAUGCCAGGAUUCCAAACUUUAUAUCAAUUUAUUUUUAAUUAUUCAUGUUUAAUACAGAAAGCUAUUAAUUUUGUGGAUGUAAAUAUAGACAAGGCAUUUGUAAUGACAGCAUUUAUUUCAAAAACUGCUUUCUGUAACGCAGGACCCAGUCACACCAACAUUAUGCCAUUAAAAACAAAAUCAUCAGUGCUGUAUAUUUGUCUUCCAUAUUCUCCACAUAGUUUUGCAAGGUUAUAGUUUUUUUACGUAGACAGUUAAGGGGCAUACAAAAAUGUAAUGCUGUUAUUAAGUAUUUUAUUGCUAUCUAGGCUUGGAAGGGAAACGCUAAGUCACUUCAGUUUAUUUCUUCAGUCAAAGCACUUUUAAUACCUAGCUGCGCCUUAACCGUUUACUUGCAGUUUGCUUUUCUUAGCAAACAGUACUCGGUUUCAAAUUAUUUUGUAAGUGCAUUAUAAAGCUCCAUAUAUUUCAUUAUAUCUUUUUAUGUAUUAUAAAUAUGUGAAUAAUGUAAAAUAAACGUCUUUUCUUUUUUUUGACAUAGGGCCACGUUGGAGCUAUUAGGUGCUUGGAAUGAAAAUUUAAUUUUGACAUUUUGCUGAGCCUUAUUUACACUUUUUUAUACUGUGUACUGUUAACAUUUGUUUCAAAAACAUAUUUCAUGCCUAAACCAGAUUCAAACCAAACCUCCAAUAAACUAACUAGAGAUAAACGUGUAUGGUAACUAUCAAAGUUCCUUGGUUAAGAUUAAAAAAUAAUUACAACAUACAUUAUAGCCUAUUCAGUUAAAGGAACACUGAACCCAAUUUUUUUCUUCCGUGAUUCAGAUAGAUCAUGCAAUUUUAAGCAACGUUCUAAUUUACUCCUAUUAUCAAUUUUUCUUCGUUCUCUUGCUAUCUUUAUUUGAAAAAGAAGACAUCUAAGCUUUUUUUUGUUGGUUCAGCCUCUGGACAGCACUUUUUUAUUGGUAGAUAAAUGUAUCCACCAAUCCGCAAGAACAACCCAGGUUGUUCACCAAAAAUGGGCCGGCAUCUAUACUUACAUUCUUGCAUUUCAAAUAAAGAUACCAAGAGAAUGAAGAAAAUUUGAUAAUAGGAGUAAAUCAGAAAGUUGCUUAAAAUGUCAUGCUCUAUCUGAAUCGCGAAAGAAAAAAUUUGGGUUCAGUGUCCCUUUAAAUACACGUAUACAUUGUACACCUAAGCAGCACAUUUUGGAAUGUUCUCAUAAAGCCUCCACAAUAGCCAUUAAAAUGUUCUAGACACCAUUUGGACAUUUAUUGUAUUAUUGCCCACAUCAUAGUUUGAUUGCACAAUAAUCUGAGGAAACCUAUUUUUAAAUAGUGUAUAGUUUGUUCUUGGUAGAUGUUUGCUUUACCAAAUAUUAAUGCACUUGGAUUACAUACCAUUAUUCCCAGGAGCUGAUCAUGUUCUGCCUUAUUUUGGGAUAAAAUGUUAAUUUUACAGUUUACAAAUUUAACUGUAUCCCGUGUUAUGUGUUGUCAUAUGCCUACUGAAAUCUUAAAGUACCUUAUGUGUUCAUGUAUUGUUUGUUAUUGUUAAACAUUAACUACUGCUAUGUAAAAGUUAAAACAAUUGCCUUUGUGAAGCAGUCUGUCUCUUCUACAUAUCGGUUCUUAAUCUGUGGUCUUUUUUGUAGUAACUUCUGCUGUAGAAUUAACAGCUUAGUAUCUGUGCAAUAAAGUGUUUGCUGUCUUUUUAUUAAACAAAAACAAAACACACCAUACAAAAAAAAAAUAACUUUAUGAAUGUUGUAUUUGUUGUAUAUUGAAUAAGUAUUUAUACAGCUGCAAGGCAUAGCAUUGUAAUAAAACGUCAGCAUGAAUGUUA